UUAUAUAUUUCCCGGUGCUCUUAAAAGAAGAGAAGAAGAAGAAGAAGAAGACGGGCACGGCACGGUACAGCACGGCACGGCACGGCGACAACGACGAGGACGAGGACGACCACACGACCUUCGCGUGUACAAAAAACGGCAACGGCAACGGUGGCAGAGAGCAUACACCAUUCUAGUUAAAGCAAGCAAUAAUAAAAACAAAACCAACUGCAACUGAGGCCGUCAUGACCGGAAGUGAGUGGGCAGAAAAAUGCAGGAAAUGAGCUACCUGCAGGAUAAUUCCAAAUUGGAGGCACUCACCAAAGCCGUUCUCAUCUCCAUACUGGGCGUGGCAAUAGUGUUAUCGAAUCUACUAAUUAUAGCCACCUAUGCCAAUUUCAAGGGUCCCACAGAGGUUAUUAAUUAUUAUCUGCUAUCACUUGCCAUUGCCGAUUUGCUAUGCGGCCUAUUGGUAGUGCCAUUUUCCGUUUAUCCAGCACUGACAGGAGAAUGGAUGUACGGGGAUAUAGUUUGCCGUUUUACUGGCUAUCUAGAGGUCACACUGUGGGCCGUCUCCGUAUACACAUUCAUGUGGAUAUCCGUUGAUCGUUAUCUGGCUGUGCGUAAACCCUUGCGCUAUGAAACAGUGCAAACGAAGACAAGAUGUCAGUGCUGGAUGGUCUUCACAUGGAUAUCGGCGGCCCUGCUGUGCUGUCCGCCUAUAUUGGGUUAUUCAAAACCCAUUGAAAACAAUGUGACACACAUUUGCAUGCUGGAUUGGGGCAAUAUGGCCGCAUAUAGUGCCACAUUGGCAAUUUUAGUUUUAGGUCCCAGCCUCAUAUCGAUUGUACACAACUAUGGCUACAUCUUUGUCAUGAUGCGUAAAAUUAGGUCCGGCGAGCCAAUACACGAUAAAGAAUAUGCAACUGCUUUGGCUGAAAAUUUAUCGAACCCUAGUCAUAUGAUGUCAUUCGCAUUAGUCUUUGCAUUCUGGAUGUCCUGGCUGCCAUGGAUCUCGUUGCGUCUGUAUGAGGUGGUCACGGGCGACGUUAUACAAAGUACUCUUAUCAAUUUCGCAGUCGUUUGGAUUGGCAUAUUGAAUUCAUUUUGGAAAAUUCUAAUCAUGACCAGUAUGUCGCCGCAAUUUCGUAUCGCUUUGAGAGUAUUUUGCUUAACAAUUUGUUGUAAGACUAAGGGCCGUUUGCAAGCUGAGCUAAUCGGGUUGGACCCAGAUGACUAGAGUUAGAUUUAGAUUUUCAUUAAAACUGAAUCCUCCCAGUAAAACAAAAUAAACCCCUCCGCUCCGCCCCCUUCCCCACAAACACACUUUCUCUUAACCUUACGCUCUCUUUCACUCUCUAUCUCUCUCUCUCUCUGUCUAUUUCUGUCUCAAACUAUCUAACUAAUACAGACUUCACGUAGAUAUUGAAUCCAAUCCAAAGUACAGUCCCCAUUGAUACCCCCAAUUCCCAAUCCUAACAAAAGCAAGUAAAAAUUGGUUGUAAAUCGCAUAAUUGAGUCAUCUAAAACUAAACACUACUUGCCUGUUGCCAUAUAGUUGCAUAUUUACGGCCCGUUUGGAGCUACGCGACACAACUCAAUCACAACACAGCAACAUAGCAACACAGCAACAUAGCAACACAGCAACACAGCGACACAGCCACAGACAAGUUGAAAGACAUAUUCAUUUUCUAGUCGUAAGCUAUCUAAGUCUAGCGAUUAGUUUUAAGAGAUUUUUAGCAUACAUACUAUAUACAUAUAAUUCUGAUUGAUGAUUAUUAUUAAUUAUUGUGUAUUUAUGAGCUUAACAACACAUACAAAGAUAUAUAUAUACCUAGAUGUAUGUAUGUAUGUAUUAUAUAUUCAAUUGUCGCCCUAGUUUAGCCGUACCUAAUUCAAAAACAAAACCAACAACAAUUUUAUAAU